AUGCCGCACCCCAACCCCCGCCUCUCGGUGCUCUGCCGUGGGUUAGGGACCCCCCGUCCCCGUCCCCAGUCCCGGGGGUGCCCGCCCAAGGCCUCCGGGGGAAGCGCAGCGCCAGGCCCGCCCGGCGGCAAGUCCCUACCGGGACACCGAGGGGGCUGCUCCUCCAGCACCGGAGCCGCGCUCAGGGGUGGCGAGAGAACGGAGCAAACCGAGAGGCCGCGACGCACGGAGCCCCCGCGGCUGCCGGGACUCCCUCCAGCCGCCUUCCGGCUUCCGGCGGCAGGGCGGAAGCGGGCGGCACCACCGAGCUGCCGGCGGCUAGAGCGCCGCCUCUCCCGGCGGAAGGAGGAGGCGGGCGGGUCCUCCCGCCGCCAUCUUGCGGCCGUGAGGCGGGCGGGCCGGGCCUGGCGCUGCCGGGCUCUGCGGGCGCCGCCUUGGGGAGCCGUUUGCCUUUCUUAUCUGGCCAAACAUCCCUGCUUGGGAUAUAAGGAGCUGGGCUGGGACCUGCUGCCAUACCUGGCCUCUCCCUUUCUGCUGUCACCAGCCACCAUGAAGCUGCUCCUGCUCCUCAGCUUGGUGACCCUGGCCCACUGCCUUGCCCCCAGGAUCCUCCUGAGGAGGAUGAAGUCCCUGCGGCAGACCCUGCAGGAACAGGGCUUGCUGGAGGGCUACCUGAAGGAGCACCCCUACAACCUGGCCACCAAGUACUUCCGCAGCCGUGUGGGCGCCGAGCCCAUGCAGAACUACCUGGACAACGAGUACUUUGGCACCAUCUCCAUCGGGACCCCACCCCAGAAGUUCACCGUCAUCUUCGACACAGGCUCCUCCAACCUGUGGGUGCCCUCGGUGUACUGCACCAGCCCCGCCUGCAGCACCCACCACCGCUUCAACCCCGUGGAUUCCUCCACCUUCCUGAGCACCAACGACACCCUGGAGAUCGUCUACGGCUCCGGCAGCAUGACCGGCAUCCUGGGCUACGACACCACCACGGUGGCGGGCAUCCAAGUCUUCAACCAGAUCUUCGGGUUGGCUGAGACCGAGCCCGGCAGCUCCUUCCGCUACGCGCCCUUCGAUGGCAUCCUGGGGUUGGCAUUCCCCAGCAUUGCCUCCUCUGGGGCCACCCCUGUCUUUGACAACAUGAUGAAGCAACACCUGGUGGCCAGGGACCUCUUCUCUGUCUACCUGAGCAGGGACGGGCAGAGUGGCAGCUUUGUCCUCUUUGGUGCCAUCGACCCAGCCUACACCACCAACGGCAUCUCCUGGAUCCCCCUCUCUGCUGAGACCUACUGGCAGGUCACCAUGGACAGUGUCUCUGUGGGUGGGCAGAUUGCCACCUGCUUCUAUGGCUGCCAGGCCAUCGUGGACACAGGGACCUCCCUGCUGGUCAUGCCUGGCCGAGCCCUCCGCCAGCUCCUGAGCUCCUUGGGGGUCAGCCCCAGCGGUGAGAUCAGCUGCCAGGCCGCCCGGAGGUUGCCCGACGUCACCUUCCACAUCAACGGCCGGGUCUUCCCCUUGUCACCCCGCUCCUACGUGAUAGAGAGCGACGGGUACUGCGCCCUGGGCUUCCAAGGCAUGGAUGUCCCCACCGAGUCGGGCGAGCUCUGGAUCCUGGGGGAUGUUUUCAUCCGGGAAUACUACGUCAUCUUCAACAGGGCCACCAACAUGGUGGGGCUGUCCCGGCUGCUCUGA